UAGGCCCUAUAGCUCUUGACGAAGCCGGGGUCGGAGUUCGAAAUUCGGUAAAAGGUAAUCGUCGACGUUGCGAUGGAGAAAGAUGCCACCACCGUGAACCCUUCUUCCUUCACGGUUCUUGUGUCGACUCCUUCUGGCCUUUCGCCUUCACAGAUUUCCGUGGACUUCAGCGACGCCUACGACCGCAUCCUCCACUCCGACGUCAGCUUGGAGAACACAAUUUCCGAGAUAUGGGAGCAGAGGAGUCUGAAGAACAAUUCACUGUUCAAUGGAAAGAAGUUUAGGUAUGGAGGCUGUCUUCUGGACGCAGGAGAUGUAUCCAACCAUGAACCUCGUUUAUGCCUUCACCUGGGUUUGACGGAUUAUAGGACUUUUGUGGGGACAAAUUUAAGUCCUUUAUGGGAAAGGUUCCUGGUCCCAUCAGAAGAUGAUUCCGUUCUUUGUCAGCACACCUCAAGCCCACUAGGAAAUGGUGCAGUGGUGGAAACAAAAGACAAUAAAAUACUUGUAUUACAACGAAGUAAUAAUGUUGGUGAAUUUCCUGGACAUUUUGUUUUCCCUGGAGGCCAUCCUGAGCCUCAAGAAAUUGAUAUAACAUCUCAUCAAUAUGUCAAGGAGUUGGCAGAAUCUCUUAACAUAAAGGUUUCACAGGAGAUGUUUGAUAGCAUAGUUCGUGAAGUAGUUGAAGAAAUUGGAGUGCCAGCCUCAUCCCUUAGCAUCCCCACGUUCAUUGGUAUAUCUCGCAGGAAUUUGAAUGUAAGACCGGCUGCAUUUUUCUUUAUCAAAUGUAGUCUUGAUUCAAAGGAAGUUCAGCAGUUUUAUUCUAGCGCACAAGAUGGCUAUGAAUCGACUCAGCUAUAUGCUGUUCCAAUGGUUGAAGUAGAAAAUAUGACUUCUAGGAUGCCUGGCUGUCAUCGAGGUGGAUUUGCUCUCUAUAAACUGAUGGUUGACAACAGAAAGAUUACUUGAUGGAAGAUUGUAGCGCUCACAGUUUUCAAACAUGGUGUUGCAAGUUGUACUACAUGUCUUGAAAAGGAUUUUUCACUGGUGAUGUAGUUUGAAGCUGACAUUCCCUUUCCGCUUCUCCACCCAAUCAAUGAAAGAAAUAUGAUUUAACCGAGCUCAAAUCUUCCAACGGGAUGAUACACACGGAUGAUAUACGUACUAAUACUCCUUUUCAGUUCAUACCAAAUAAAAUAAACUGGCAAAUCUAAUGCUGUUUAUAUUUUAUAGCAUAUCAAGAAUAAUGAAUAGCAUUAUUUCACUGACCACUGUGUAAUAUAUUCGUUAUGAGUCCACCCUCCACAAAACGUACCAUUUAAGCUCAAGUGCCUUCAAUUGUCAAUCUGCUUAUUGAUGUCCGUUUAACAUGGUUACUUUCUAAUUGUGCAUAUGUAAUUUUCUGAUUGGACGUAUAUGUGAUACUUCAUGGUGACUAUUUUUAA